AGAGGGAAGAGAGAUCAUGAAUAACGAAGACGUGGUUGCACCAUCUGCUGCCAGAGAGUGAAACAUGUUAACCAUUCAGAUGAGAGCAGAGAGGCAGCCACCGAUCUGCAGUGAGAUACACACAACCCGUCCUGAAUGGCAGAAUGAGGAGUCUUCAGCAAAAAGAAAGGAGACUUUCAAGCAAGAGAACAGAUCCACACUCUCCUGAGGGGUCCCAUGACACUGACAUAUGAUAAUAACAAGCAGCAUCCCUGUCUGGAGGAGAAGCAGCCACUAUCAUCUUUCUUUUUAAAAAUACCCACACUGGAAAGCACAUUGAACACAGGUACUGUUUGAUUUUUACAGAAAUCAAAUUACUUGUAUGUUGUGAGCGUUUCCCCGGAGUAUCAGGGUUGUACCACUUAUGAUGCACACUCCAGCCUCCAUGGUGAUGGGGAUUGUCUUUGCCCCUCUGGGACUGGUCCUUGUCUUCACUGCCGCCAUCACCCCUCAGUGGAGAGAGGGACAAGCACGUCUGGGCAUGACGGGGCCGGGGUCACUUCUUCGGUCAGGAGUCAGAGGCCAAGGGAUGGGGGUUAGGUCUGGAUCAGUGGAGGCACUGCUCUUGCUGCGCUCUGAUGGACUUUGGGAGAGCUGCCUGCAGGUGGAGCACUCUGAGCUGAAGCAGUGCUGGCCUGUAGCAGGUCCGUACCAGAGAGACCCCCGUGUUCGCCUAGCACAAGGCUUGGUCCUGACCUCCUUGUUCCUGUGUGGCACUGGUAUUGUUCUGGCUUGUAUUGGGGUCCGGUGCUGGACAGAUCUACCUCUGAGAGGUGUAGCAGCAACAGGUGGACUUCUGGUGGUGAUGGCCGGGCUGCUGAGCCUGACUGCCCUGGGGGUGUACACCCACAACCUUGGGAGACUGGGAAUGGUAGAUCCAAGUCAAGGGAUCAAUAACCACAGGUUUCCCCACCUGACCCUGCGUCCAGCCGGCUCACUCUACUUUGGGUGGCUGGGUUCAUGUUUACAGGUGCUGGGAGGCAGUGCUCUGCUGUUCAGCUUCAAACAACCAAAAUGUCCGACUUGCCCGUCCUGCCCAGAGCUACCUGACUGCCCCGCGUGCCGUUCAUGUCCAGAGAUUACGAACAAGCCAGACACAGAUGUAUAUGAAGUCACCUGUUAGAGUGUGAACCUCAGACUUAAAAUACUUUAAGACAACAUGGGUGAAGAUGAACAAAUCUGGACAUGAGGGGCACUUCUUAAAGUUACUUCCAAGUCAUCAGCUAAAAAAUCUGCCACAUAAUAAUGAAAUGAGUCCAUUCAAAAAUGUCUGUGAACCACAAAACAAUGCCACUACCUGAUUUUAAUGUCAGGUAUGAACAUGAUGGAUGUAACUGCCUCUCGACAUAGACAGGAACAUAACUUUUGGGUGUAAAAUACAGAGUGAUGAAUCAUGGAGUGCAAAGAUUGUUUCAGAUUCAUUAAGACCAUCGUGGUUUAUAAGAGCUCAAAUUCCUGCUGCCUUUAACUGCAACAUGUGGUGAAACAUGACUGAAGUAUCUCUUUGUGCUGCCUUUUACAGUGUAGCCAUGCCUUUGUACUGUUAGCAAGAAACAUGACAUUGUGCCCGAAGAAAACUGUGAAAUGUGAAAUAUUUGUGAUAAAUUAUAAGAGUGGACUAGCAGCUGAUUAGAUUAUGUUAGGGCUUCAAAACGAAAUGGAUGGUAGAGCUGGUUUUAGAAUUAAUUAUACAGAUUACUGUUGUAAAAGUUCAAAAACACCGUAUUUUCAUCUGUACCUUCAAGUUACUUGUUAAUAGAAUUUUUUGCUAAACUGAUAGAUAUGAAAUCCCUGUUUUCCUUGAAAAUAUGUUUUGUUUUUUUUGUUUUUUUGGAAUCCAUCCAACAAGUUUGAACGAUUUUCUCCGACUGUGCAAUCUGCUUUUUAAUGUCUUUUUAAUUCAGUCGCUGCGAGCAACGAAGAAGACCAAUUUUAGAGGUCAGAAGACUGUACACACAUCACAAGUAACCUGCUAAUUUCUUAACCUGUCUGUCAGGGUGAAUAUUUUGUAUAAUAUGAGAAGCCUUCAGCUAACGAAUGUGACACUGCUGACUUUUUACGGUCAGAAGAGAAAAGCG